GGGGUGGGCGGGUCCAGGCUCGUUGGCUUUAGGACCCAGUGGCUGCUGGCUCAGGCAGCAGCGGCUCGGCUCUCAGACUGAAGCAGACAAAGGCGCAGGGAGAGACGGCGUGCUGAGAUCCUGCACCAUCGACUCCCGCAUUCACAGCCGCACACACACGCACACUUCACUCCGCAAGCAGAGACGCAGACUCUCCGGAGCCGGUCCCCUCCACCUCACAUCCGUCACAACCAUCAGAACUUCCCGUCAUCAUGGAGCUGGACUUUGGACAUUUUGACGAGCGAGACAAGGCCUCCCGUACCCCGCGGGGUGGACGCAUGAAUGGCCUCCCCAGCCCGACCCAUAGCGCCCACUGCAGCUUCUACCGCACGCGCACUCUGCAGGCCCUGACCAACGAGAAGAAGGCCAAGAAGGUUCGCUUCUACCGCAAUGGAGACCGCUACUUCAAGGGUAUCGUGUACGCCGUGGCCAACGACCGGUUCCGCACCUUCGACUCUCUGCUGGCCGACCUCACGCGCUCGCUGUCCGACCACAUCAACCUGCCACAGGGAGUCCGCUUCAUCUUCACCAUCGAUGGCAUGCGCAAGAUCGGAACCUUGGACGAGCUGGAGGAAGGGGAAAGCUACGUUUGUGCAUCGGAGAACUCCUACAAGAAGGUCGACUACACAAAGAACGUCAACCCCAACUGGUCCGUGAACGUGAAGGCCUCGGCCAGCCAGAAGAACAUGCAGUCCUUAGCCGCCAAGGCUGCUGGCGAGUCCAGAGAGAGCAAGGACUUUGUUCGACCCAAGCUAGUGACGGUCAUGCGCAGCGGCGUGAAGCCACGUAAGGCCGUGCGCGUCCUGCUCAACAAGAAAACCGCACACUCCUUCGAGCAGGUGCUCACCGACAUCACGGAGGCCAUCAAGCUGGAGAGCGGCGUGGUGAAGAGGAUCUACACGCUCGACGGCAAGCAGGUGACCUGCCUUCAGGACUUCUUUGGUGACGACGACGUCUUCAUCGCGUGUGGACCGGAGAAAUUUCGCUACGCCCAGGACGACUUCUCUCUGGACGAUAACGAGUGCAGAGUGAUGAAGGGACCCAAAGCUCAACGUGGAGCCAAGAGUCCCGGUCCCAUCAGGCGCAGCAAGUCUCCUGCUGAGUCGACCAAUGGGACGGGCUCCAGCAGCCAGCUCUCCACCCCGAUCUCCAAGCAUUCCCCCACCUCCACCCCCAACAGCCCCGGUCUCAACAACAAGCAGAAGGAUCUCUACCUGCCCUUAUCUCUGGAUGACGACGACUCUCUGGGCGAGUCGAUGUAGACUUGCCUCCUUCACGGCCUGAAACACAGAAGUUCUGACACCUCUGCUGCUCUCCACCUCCUCACAGUGCCAGCUGUCCUGGAGAUCUCUCUCUCUUCGUACGGCCUUCAGCCAUCAGGGCUCCGACACGUUUGCUGCUUGAGAAUCACACAAACCGUUUUUUAACAGUCGAUCACGUUUAAAUAAAAUUCAGCUCACUGAUGUUCGAACACGCAGAGGUUCACCUCCGACAGCACACACACAUCACGGUGUAAAAACUUCAUGUUUUGUUAAAGGUUCACUUCAUGUUUCAAUCCCACAAUUCCAAGCAGCAAAUGGCUUUUUUUUUCCCGGGUGUUGACUUUUGUAUCACUUGUUUCCGUGACGUUCCUCCGUGUCCUCCUGUCCUUUGCCGGCGGUUUAAAGGUGUGAACGCUGAUCUGCUCAGACGGAUCCGGUCGCUGUAAAUACUGUGUAUAGCUCUCCAUCGUAACAUCUCAGCCCAACGUCCAGCGCUGUGCUUCCAUAACGUCGCCACAACGUCUGUCUAACAUUUACUCAACAUGAUACAGGGUACGCUCAAAGUCAAAGAAACGCCACCGCAGAGGGUGAGUGGGACGCUGAAGGGACAAUUCAUUAUAAAACCAGGGUCCACAUGAAACCACCAGGGUCCACAUGAAACCACCAGGGUCCUGAUGUCGGCGUCCCACAGACACUCACUGAAUCUUCGCGUUGGUGUUUCUUCUACUUUGACCCUCUUCACACACCGUAGGUUCUACAUGGUAUAUAUGAUAUGAUAUGAUAUAAUAUAUCAUAUAUACCGUGUGUGUUUUAGAUUUUCACAGACUGCCGUGCAUGAUAUCGAUGAAUGAUUCUGAAACUUUGGGCUGUAAAAGCUGAAUCUGACCUGAAAGAUUUUAAAAACACACUUUACAGUUUUUUAUCAUCACAAACGUUUCUCAAAUGUUUCACAAACGUUUCUCAAACGAUUCAAAGAUGAACAAAGGUCUCAAAGCCAAAGUUCGAUGUUUGGAAUGAUUCAGAUGUGUCGGUUGUUUUGGAGGAAGCACACGUGGAGAUUUAUGCAUGUCGCUUUGAACGCAGAUAAAAAUAAGAUGACUCAGCAGUUUUUUAAUCGGGGCUCUGAACAGCAGCUUCCUCUUCUUUGCAUGGCUCAGCAUAGUUUCAGAUGGAGGGGAGAAGAAACGUUUCAAUCUACGUGUGGGUUUUAAAUUUUUAUAAAGUUUAUUAAUUUAUAUGAAGGGUACUCGUCGUCUUUUCUAGUUUGAACUUGAAACACUUUUUUCAAACUCUUCGGCCAUCUUUUCUUUUUCUAUCGUCACGACUUGACUCGUGUUCUCUCAGAUUUCUGCAGGGAAUCGAACCUGUGAAUCUUUUUAAAUUGGACGAAGCACAAAGCAGGGAGCGACUCAUUGAGACACUUUACCGUGAAUAAUAAACAACCUGACGAACAUCUAUCUAUGCAUUCGGACGUUUUUUUUACCCAAAACAAGAAAAAGUCUCCGUGUGCCGACGUGAUGGUGUGGAAGUUGUCUUGCGAGUGAUCCGGCGCCCCCGUCACCAAACCCAUGUGGUGCUGUGAACCUUGACCUCCUGCGGGGACGCCGCCUCACUUCAGCCUCCAUUUUGUAAAAAGCUUGUUUGUGGUCAUCUCUCACGCUGAUGUUGAUUUUUUUACAGCUUCUUGAACAGAUGUUGGUUGUCUUGUGUUAAACCGGCCCGCCGCCUCGUCACAUGACGGCGUGAAUCAUCACCUACAGUGGUGCCUUUUUUUUAGAUUUCUGUCUUUUGAUAAAAAACGAACAGGAAGUGGUUUUUGUUCUCAGCUGUUUGUAAAACCUUUUUAGACGUGUUGAACGAGGCCUCCCGCUCACAGGACGUGAUGUGGUGUACAUACGCUCGCUUCCUGUGCUUUCAUACGUUUGCCUUCCUGAUCGGACGAACAACUCGCUUUGUUUCUUGGAAAUUCAAAAUGUCUUCUUUGGUGGUAUUUUGACGUCACAGUGGCUCGUUUGUUUCAGUGCUUCAUUCAGUGUAUUAACCAGAAACCUUUUGCAAUUAAAACAAGUCGUAUUUCA